AUGGGUGAGAUUAGCCAAGAUGCUGUGGAGCGCUACCUGGAGAAGAACCCUUGUUUUGCCAAGGAGUAUUUUGACAAGAAGCUACGGGUGGAGGCCCUGGAAGUGAUCUUCAAAAACAGCCAUCUGGGGGUCCAGGCGGCCAUGUCUCUCCCAGAGAUGACGCAGGUGGAGGAGUCGGCCGUGUGCCUGGAGCUACUGCGGUAUAUACAGGAUGAGGCAGGAAGCGCGGAGCAGGUGGCUCACAGGGCGCUGCAGAGGCUGGCUCAGCUUCUGCAGGCGGAUUGCUGUAGUAUGUUCUUGUGCAGAGCAAGAAACGGCAUACCAGAGGUGGCCUCCAGGCUGCUGAACGUCACCCCAACUUCUAAACUUGAGGAAAACCUUGUGGCCCCUGACAGAGAAGUUGUAUUUCCGUUGGACAUCGGGAUAGUUGGCUGGGUUGCUCAUGUGAAGAAAGCUGUUAAUGUCCCAGAUGUCAAAAAGAACAGCCAUUUUUCUGACUUUAUGGACAAGCAAACUGGAUAUGUCACCAGGAACCUGCUGGCAGUCCCGAUUGUGUCGGGCAAAGAGGUUCUUGCUGUGGUCAUGGCCGUAAACAAAAUCAACGCUCCCGAGUUUUCCACACAGGAUGAGGAGGUCUUCUCCAAGUACCUCAGCUUUGUUGCUGUUGCACUAAGGCUGCAGCACACCAGUUACCUGUACAGUGUGGAGUCCCGGCGAAGCCAGAUCCUUAUGUGGUCAGCCAAUAAAGUAUUUGAAGAGCUCACUGAUGUGGAGCGACAGUUUCACAAGGCACUGUACACCAUCAGGACGUACCUGAACUGCGAGCGCUACUCCAUUGGUCUUCUGGACAUGACCAAGGAGAAGGAGUUUUACGAUGAGUGGCCCAUCAAGCUUGGAGAAGUUGAGCCUUAUAAAGGACCAAAGACUCCAGAUGGCAGGGAAAUCAUCUUUUAUAAAAUCAUCGAUUACAUUUUACAUGGAAAAGAAGAGAUCAACGUGACCCCGUCACCUCCAGCAGACCACUGGACGCUCGUUAGUGGAUUGCCAACAUACGUUGCUGAAAAUGGAUUUAUCUGUAACAUGCUGAACGCCCCUGCAGAUGAGUACUUCACAUUUCAGAAAGGACCGGUAGAUGAGACUGGCUGGGUCAUUAAAAAUGUCUUGUCUCUGCCUAUUGUCAACAAGAAAGAAGACAUCGUGGGUGUGGCUACGUUUUACAACCGGAAGGACGGGAAACCCUUUGAUGAGCAUGAUGAACAUAUCACUGAGACUUUGACCCAGUUUCUUGGAUGGUCUCUUUUAAACACUGAUACCUAUGAGCGAGUCAAUAAGUUGGAAAGCAGAAAGGACAUUGCUCAAGAAAUGGUCAUGAACCUCACAAAAGCCACCCCCGAUGAGAUCUGCUCUAUUCUGAAAUUUAAAGAGAAGUUAAAUGUAGAGGUAAUUGAAGAGUGUGAAGAGAGACAGCUCCUGGCCAUAUUGAAGGAGGACCUGCCAGACCCGAGAGCAGCAGACCUGUACGAGUUCUGUUUCAGCGACUUCCCCGUUACUGAGCACGAGCUGGUUAAAUGUGGGCUGAGGCUGUUUUUGGAGAUAAACGUGGUGGAGAAAUUCAAAGUACCUGUAGAGGUUCUUACAAGGUGGAUGUACACAGUUCGGAAAGGGUACCGCCCUGUCACCUACCACAACUGGCGGCACGGAUUCAACGUGGGGCAGACUAUGUUCACUUUGUUAAUGACAGGGAGACUAAAGAAAUACUAUACAGACCUUGAAGCGUUUGCCAUGCUCGCUGCUGCUUUCUGCCAUGACAUUGACCACAGAGGCACCAAUAACUUGUACCAAAUGAAGUCCACAUCUCCACUUGCAAGGCUUCAUGGGACUUCCAUUUUAGAGCGACAUCACCUGGAAUACAGUAAGACUCUCUUGCAGGAUGAGAGUUUAAACAUCUUCCAGAAUCUCAACAAGCGGCAGUUUGAAACGGUGAUCCAUCUGAUGGAGGUUGCAAUAAUAGCAACUGACCUGGCGCUCUAUUUCAAGAAGAGAACCAUGUUUCAAAAGAUCGUCGAUAGCUGUGAACAGAUGGAGAGUGAAGAAGAAACCAUCAAAUACGUAACUGCCGACCCGACCAAAAAGGAGGUCAUCAUGGCCAUGAUGAUGACUGCCUGUGACCUGUCUGCCAUCACCAAGCCUUGGGAGGUACAGAGUCAGGUAGCACUUCUGGUUGCAAAUGAAUUUUGGGAACAAGGAGAUCUGGAAAGAACAGUGCUACAGCAGCAACCAAUUCCUAUGAUGGACAGAAGCAAAAAAGAUGAACUCCCAAAACUUCAAGUGGGAUUUAUUGAUUUUGUUUGUACUUUCGUAUAUAAGGAGUUCUCUCGGUUUCACGGGGAGAUCACACCCAUGCUGACCGGCCUUCAGAACAACAGGGUGGAAUGGAAAUCCCUGGCGGAGGAGUACGAGGCGAAGAUGCGGGUGACUGAAGAGGAGGUGGGGAAGCAGGAAGAAGGAGCCUCGGAUGGAAAAGCUGCCACAGAUUUAGGAGGCAGCACCGAAGACAAAAAGUCCAAAACGUGCUUAAUGUUAUAA